AACACUGAUCUUGGAUUCUCAUUAUAUGAAGAUAUUUUGAUUUUUUUUUAAUUAUGCAGAUGUUAAAUAUUGCUUACUUGUGUGAAUAAAUGCAAAACUACAUUGUGUUGUCAUGAUGUAAAAAGGAAAAAAGAUAUGAGAAGAAAUAAAUAAAAAAUAAUAGUGAGUAAGUAAAAAUGUUGAACUAUCCCAUUUUAGACAUGCUUUACCGUGUGGACAUGUUUGGAAUUAGUUAAACAGGUCUAUUAACAGUUGUCCAACAGUGAAUAUACGUCACAGCAUGAAUUCUUUAAUUUAGAGUCAACUACCCCUUUAACAAAAUGAUCUACUUUUAAAUCAUGUCAUAUUUCCUGUUCUCUGGAUCUUGUUCCAUUAUGUUGAACGCCCCCAUAGAUAUGUAAAAACAGCACUUUGUCUGAGGACUGAAAAGUGAAGGCAAUUUGUCUGUGGCAACCAGCAGAGCUCUCAGGCAGGAGAAUGUCUUAAUGAGGGUCCGAGAUUAAAGACAUCAAUUAAAGGGCCGUUAAGCGCUUAACCGGUGCGUAGUGUUUGCUAACACUUAACAAGCGCCGUUUUUUGACAAUGCACACGGCCCGAACCAGUUGACUUCUAGGUAAUUGCUUUUCUUUUCAUUUCGCUGUUCUUCUCUUUAAUGGUGCCGUCUUGCCAUCCUUUAUCUAAGCAGACAAAGAAUGGCUCGUUCUGUGGCAUCAUCAAUGAAUCGAUGCCACCCUCCCCUCAUCAUUCGCUCUCUCUUUCUCUCUCUCUCUCUCUGUCUCUUUCCGUCUCUGUUUUUUGGUCAGUCAGGGUGCAUGACCCGUGUUCUUCAUCUCAAAGCGGAUUCUUACUGAGCAACAGAAGGUAAGCGCUAAAUCUUGUGUCGAAAUGCUUCUUCAGUUUUGCGUGGUAUACGAGCGAAAAACAAUAUUUUGACUGAAUCUGAUGUCUCUCGUGCUCAUAAAUUGUCCUGAUUGUGUUUCCAAAGCUAUGCGUCCGUCCAGUAUUUUGACCUUUGAAGCGGGGUUGGAGUCUGGAGUGCCAUGGGGCCGUGAUCUUUUUACUUUUGUGACUUCAGCAGCUGGUCACAUGAUGAGGACCUUGCAAAGACCACGUAAAAACAAGCCAUCAAAAAGACAAGUCAAUCAUCGCAGGUUUCUGCACAACAUGAUACAGAGAAAAUUUGCUGAAAUAGAGGCAGCGAAUCAUCAGCUGGCGUCUGCAUUAUUUUCAACUGAUAAACCCCCUGAUCAUCUAACUCCCAGACUAUCUCACAUUGUAACAGAAGUCACAGACCAGUCUCCCAAACCUUCUAAAAAAGCUAUCGAAACCUUUAUAAAUGCUGACAAAACCGAAGCGCUUCCUGAACAACAAGAAGAUGUGUGUGACCUCUGGACAUUGGACAGUCUUUUGGACACCCAUGUGGCUGACAAAGGUUUUUCACCGUUCUCCAACAGCAAAGAAACACAUCCGAGAACUGAGAAAGGCAGCGAAGCUUUGGAAAACCGUCCUGCCAGCUCAACGGAGAAGGACAUCGACUUCAGCUUCAGCUUCGAAAGGCAGUCAACAUCUACUGACGUAGAAAGCUUAACACAACUGAACAACAGUCUCCUAGAGGACAGCGUGUCCUCCUGGUUUGGGUCCAUUGAAAGAACAAGAACCUGUUCGAAACCACGUCUCACCAAGUACCACGACGUGAAGUUGCUCCCAACAGACGUUGAUGUUCAAGACCUGUCACCUCCUUCUCCGGUGAUCUCAUUAUUGUCUUUGGAUUCAUGUGAUUUGGAGGUCCAGAUGCUCAUAGACGCAGAGCGCAAUGUGAACCAAGUGCAAAACGACGCCAUCGCAGAGAGUCUCCAAAUGGAUGUGAUGGACGAUCUUGAACUCCUGGAUUGUUCUGGUACUCAUGGAGUGUGGAUGGAUCACGGUGAAGAGGAUGGACCAUGUUUACAGGAAGCGUUUCCAAGCUCUCUGGUUUCAGAUCUAGAGAACCUAACAGGUUCUGGUGGUGGGACCUCCAACUCCAUCUCUAAUUUGGGCCAAACGGGUCAUGAACUUUUUGCAGAUGUUCUCUGCAGUCAAGAGCCACAUAGAUGUAGUUUCCAUCACGAUCAAAUAAACUACGCCAUGAACCACAAUAACGUUCUAGAAGAGCGUUUUGGUCAGGCUGAAGCUUGCAUGAAGACGAAUGGAAAGGAGGAUGGUUAUUUAGAUGCAGAUUUUUCUGUCAUGGAUGGUAAUGUUACAAGCAACCACAUGUUCUCAGGAUUUGAGAGUCAGUUGGACCAAUCCAAAAUGAUUCUUUAUGACAGCUGGGAACAACAAGCUCUAAAAAGCUCGUAUAAGAACUAUACAGCUGCAGAUCAGAUUGUGACGCAAGGCACUGAUGUCAGAAAUGUUGUACAGGUUGAGAAUCUCAACCAGGCCCAAUGCCCGAUAACGUGCUGCCUCGAAGGCUUUUGUUAUCAUGAAGAAGACCCGUGUUUUUACACAAAAUUCAGAGGCAGUCACAACUUUGAGGGCGUGGCUAGAUCUUUCCCAGCCAAGCUGCAUAAGCUCCACCCCACUCCAAUUCUGACUCCGCCUCUAGAUGAUGAUUGGUUGUUCAGUAAUAUCGUGGCAGAGGAAGAGGUAAAUAUUAUAAAUAAUACAUUUGGAAAGUAUUGACCAGUCAUUGGACAGUAAUUGUUCUCAUGAAUUUCACUGUAUCCGGGGAUGUUUGAUUAUUACACUUUUAUGAUUUUAUGAUCAUUUCUGUGAAAUGUUCUUGUCUGUGGUGAGAAAAAUGUAAUAUUUUCUGUGAUGAAAACUGUAUGGGUAUCGUAACAUAUUGCAAAAACAAUCAAUUAUUUAAAUGAAUAAUUUUAAUUUUCAAAUUUAAAAUGAUUGCAUUUAAAGGAUUUAGUGUUUCAUUGUCUUUUGUCCAAUAUGGUUUAAAAAAAGGUGCUUUAUAAGUUAUUUAUAUAUUUUAUUUUUGCAUUUAAAUUACAUUAUGAGCAUGAAUUAAACUUUGAAAU